CAGCGGUGCCCACCGGAACGUUUUGAUGUAACACACGUAUACACUGCUGAUACGGAACUGCGGCGCACUGAUAAACAUUCAGCACAGUCAGAUUGAAAAUCAGAGCUACGGCUGGUUUAGUGAACUAAUUCUCAUAUCAUGGCAGUAAGUGCGGUACAUUUAGAGUCAGACGCGUUUCUUGUCUGUAUGAAUCAUGCUUUGAGCACAGAGAAAGAAGAGGUUAUGGGACUGUGCAUUGGAGAGGUCGACACCAACCGCAUUGUCCACAUUCACUCCGUCAUCAUCCUCCGACGAUCAGACAAGAGGAAGGACCGUGUGGAGAUUUCUCCAGAGCAGCUCUCAGCAGCCUCGACUGAAGCCGAGAGGUUGGCUGAGAUGACUGGACGACCCGUGAGGGUGGUAGGAUGGUACCACUCCCAUCCACACAUCACUGUGUGGCCAUCGCAUGUUGAUGUGAGGACUCAAGCAAUGUACCAGAUGAUGGAUCAGGGUUUUGUUGGUCUCAUCUUUUCUUGCUUCAUUGAAGAUAAAAACACCAAGACAGGCAGAGUUCUGUACACCUGUUUUCAGUCAGUGCAAGCCCAGAAAGGCUCAGAGUAUGAGAGAAUUGAGAUUCCAAUCCAUGUGGUUCCACAUGAGGCCAUUGGCAAAGUGUGCCUGGAGUCUGCUGUAGAACUCCCGAGAAUUCUCUGUCAGGAGGAACAGGAUACGUACAGAAGGAUUCACAGUUUAACUCAUUUGGAUCCAAUAACAAAGAUACACAAUGGAUCAGUGUUCACUAAAAACCUGUGCAGCCAGAUGUCGGCAGUAAGCGGCCCACUGUUACAGUGGCUGGAGGAUCGACUUGAGCAGAACAAACAGAGCAUCGUCGAGCUACAGAAAGAGAAGGAGAGACUGACACAAGAGCUGGCUUCCUUAUGAAGAUAAUGAAAGGGAGAAUGUAAAUUUUAGCCUCUGUGUUCCGAGCUUAUUUUUGUUUCUGAAAUUGCUGUUGCACUGAGAACAGUGGCCUUUCUGCUACAUUGCCAUUCUCAGAUCAGUAAUCACUGGCUGUGGGGAAAUGAUGGAAAUGAUUGGAUGGCAAACAGUAAGAAGAGAGAGAUGGGUGGGGAAGAAGGACAGAUAGAAUGUCUGUAACUUCUCUUUUAUUUUACCUCUGGGUUUUUCAAUCUCUGGCAAAGGUUCUGAAAAUGAGCCUUGACUAUUUACUCCUUCAUCACUGACUGCACCUGCUUUUUCGGAUGUUCUUUCUUUUUUUUUAAACUUUAUUUUGAUGCCACACACUUACAGUAGUCAUUAUCUGGUUUUGUUGUGCUCUUGUGCCACGUUACUAACACUCGGUUUUUACCAAUCUGCAGAUGAUAUGCUGGGUAAUUCAGAUUAAAGGUCCAGUCAGAAGUUGCUAAGUGUUUUGGUACUGCAACAACAGAAGCCCCUCUAAGAAGUGGGUUGUCAGGAUAGACCAUGUGUCAGACUCCGUUCCUUACAGGCCACAGCUCUGAGACUUCAGCAUUCUGUCUUAUUAAAGACACCUGAUUCAACUCCGUAGCUAGUUAGCGAGGCCUUCAUGAGUUGAAUUCAUUAGAAGAGGGGAAAUGCUUAUCUCUGCAGAGCUGUGGACUGGAAGGAACCAAGUCUAACAUGACUGAGUCUAUCAUUCCUGGUUGUAAAGUAUCCCUGUCCUUCACAUUUUUGUGCUUUCCCUGCUCUAAGGCCAGUGCUCACUGGAUGCGCCAUGUUGUGUUGCACUUAAAAAUUCACAACUGUUAUUUUUUUAAUAUACAUUAACAAACUGGCACUGAUAUGAGAAGGCACUCAGUGACUCAGAGUACUGUUCAUUUGCUCACAGCGUUUUGCCAUCACUGCAUUAAAUCAAACCCAGAACCAGACCACAAAAGCUAUAGUAGAUGACACUGGCUUAAAAUGUACAGUUGAGAAAGGCGGUCAUUCUAAAGUCUUUAAAAUAAGCGGACAAAUGCUAAUUGUGCUUUACUUCAGCUAAGGUUACUAGCCUUUUUUUCACUUUGUAUUUUUUCCAUAUGAAACAGUGAGUUUCUGAAAGGUUAGUUAGCUGAUUCCAAAUGAGAUAUAGUCAUAAAUAAUGUUCAAAGUUGUAUUUCAUAACAUUUAUGAGUGUAAAAAUGAGCUUGACGGUUAUUGACGCUUUCACUGCGGCACAUUUUAUCUAGUGCAGUUGCGCUUUGUGCUGUAUCUGGUAUGCGAUGCUACAUAGCUUGGCAUGUCCAGUGUUCAUGGCCUUAACACACCCACUUCAGCUCAGAAAGAGCUUGUUAAUGAGUUGAUUAGUUGGGUCAGGUGUAUUAGAGCAGGGAAAACAUUACAGUAAUGUAUCUGAAUUCUUUAAAAACUUGUGCAAGUUCCUUUGUGGGACAUACAGUUGCAGAUGUUCUCCUGAUUUUAGCGUUUUUCCACAAUGUUUCUCAAACAUUGAUGUAUUAGAACAUCACUGUUGAACUUAGGAAUAUAAACUUAUCCCCAACCAUUUUGAUAUGGUAUUUGAAGAAGUGUGUAUUUAGUGUGUUCUUUUGCGCUGUGCUUUUGAGAAAUGGGACACACUUGGACACCUACAAGAAAGCACACAGAAACACUAAACUGGGAACUUUGGGACUGGCCAAAAGAGCAGGGUUGGGUCUUCUGCCUCUUUAAAUAUACCUGACUGAACUAAUCUUAUACUUAGCAAAGCCAUGAGUUGAAUUCAGCGUUAGUGUCAGCAACAGUGUUUGAUGCCGCUGUGCUGGACCCAUAGCCCUUCAGCACUUCUGACUGGGACUUUAAAAGCCAUAAACAGCAUAAAAUUAUUUGAAAUGUAUCUCAAAUGUACUCACUGGAUAAUGUUAUAUGUGACAAAAUUUGCUUGAUGUGACAAAAAUGCAAAUUGGUUCUUUGUAUGCUGUAUGUUCUGUGCUAGUUCAUGUUUAAUUUCUUCACCAUCUUCUCAUGGAUACUAUCUAAGGGCAGAAUAUGGAGUCCUGUUUUGCUGGUGCUUUUUUUGUUGUCCAUAAGCUGUAAAAGGUUGAAUGUACAAAAACAUCAGAUUAAAUUGUUAAAUAAAAAGGUGAAUUACAAA